ACUACCAACUGUAAAAUACUAGUAAAACAUGAACGUAUCAAUCGGUUCAAGCAGUAAAAUGUUUUACUUAAAAUUUUUAAUGUUGAUGUUAUUUUUUUGUUCUGUUAAAAUUUUAUUUGCCGUUGAUCAAAAAAAAAUCAGUCGGAAUGAUUUGAUUCGCCUUGUAAAAACCUACCCAAAAGUCAUGGGACUUAUUCUCAAAAGUCAUCAAUUUUACGCGAACGAGGAUUUAGGUUAUAAAGCAAUUUGUCCAAUAUGUUGGUGUUCUAGUUAUCCAUAUAAUAUACAAUAUGGCAGUGUAAAAGUAUCCAAUAAAAAGUUGAUCGAUGUAGUGAUUUCAUGUUUCAAUAAAGGAAAGUAUGAAUUAGGUUACAUGAUUAUUUUGAACGUACUUGAGAGUGUGAGCAUUACAUAUAUUUAUAGAUUUUGUGAAUAUGCCAGAGAAAUGAAUAAAAGAGGUGGUAAAUUAACACAAAGUUUAGAAAAUUUUAAUAAAUUGCUGUAUAUUAUUCAGAGAGUUUUUCAUUAUGAAAUUAUUUCAACAGAGCCUAUUGAUUUUCUAAAAAAUAUUUACAAAGAGUAUGAAUCGAAACAUCAAGAGAAUGGAUAUAUUAACUUAGAUAAUGAUUACAGAAAUGAUCUUCUGGAUAUUAUGAAUAUCAUAGAAUUUAAAAUUAAUUUUGUUGAUCUUGGAACUUGUGAACAAUUUGCAGAAGAGAUACCGCUAGAAAAAUUAGAAAGUGUGCAACUAAGUGAAAUUCUCAAUGCCAUAAAUUUAUUAUUUAAAGCUAAUGUUGAAAUAGAAACAGAAACAGAUAAAUUAGAUUGUGAUGAAGGCUCAUGUAUCGUUUGUAUGGAAACUUUAAUCUUAGAUGAUUCAAUUUAUAGUUUUGUGCCAUGUGGACAUACAGGAUGUUGUGAAGAUUGUAUUUAUAAAAUAAAAACAUGUCCUUUAUGCCGACUGGAGUACAAAUAUAUCAUAGAAGUGAAUGCAGUGAUGCCUUCGUAUAUAUUUGGAAAUAAUGUUUGGGAUAAAAUUUCAAGGAGUACCUUAGAAAAAAAAAAAGCACAAUGUGUAAACUGCAUGGAACUAAUAGAACUCAUGGAGCCAGUAAAAAAAUUCAUUGUGUUUCCGUGUGGUCAUGGUUUGUAUUGUCAUAAGUGCAUAAGCCAACAAAAUUGCGUAAUAUGCGAAGAAAAAACAAACUAUUUCAUGCCUAUAUACAUUUAAAAAAAAAAUUAUAAUAUACAUUUAAGUUAAAAAUAUUAAGAUAUAUGUUUUGAGGCCAAUCUUUAAAAUUGUGAUAAAUAAGUUACAAAUUAAACAAACAUAAUUUUCAUUUCAUAAAAUAUAUGUAGUAUUUAAAAUUUGAAAAUGUAAUGUAUUUGAUUAAUUUUACAAGUACUUAAAAUAUUAAACAGUUAGGCUGACAUAUAAGCUUGAAAUACAAGAUGUUAACGAAUAUCCGAAGAUUUUUUAAUAUGUCGUUACUUUCAAAAGUAUUGAAUUUUUUACAAUAAAUUACGUAGUAUAUGCAAUAAUA